AACAUCAUAGAUUUAUUAUAAUCCAUCAUCUUCUUUCUUCUUCAUAUAUUCUCCUCUGGGACCUCCUCAAUUUUCUCUCAAACCAAACACCUUUCUCUCUCUGAGAAAAUGGCCUCAACUACCAAGUUUUCCUACCAGAGACUAGUACAUGAAGGAGCGUUUGAAGAUGAAGAUGAUUAUGAAUUGAGAGAGAGAAUCAUUGGGAGGGCCAAAAGCUGGUCUAGGGCAAGAAAGGUGCACAUUAGGAAGAGACUAAAGGUCAGGAUUCCAAGCUUGGGGAAGUUCUUGAGGAGAAAAGCUAGGUUGGUUGUGGUUUCAUGGGCCAAGGUUUUGAAGAGAUUGAAGGACAGUAGGUCCCACUUUGGUGAUCUCUUCGCCGGGAACUAUCUCUUCGUGCAGGUCACCCCUACCUCUUUUAAGUACGUUGACAAAUCUUUCAAGGGUACUACUACUCAUCAUGACCUAUCUUCUAGGUACUCUCUUCCAAAGAUUGCUUAAUGACUCAUCGCGUCAAGUUCGGUCUUGUUUAAUGCUGUGUUUGAGUGUAUCAAGGUGUCGAUUCGGUAUUCUUAACUGCAACAUAAAUGUAUUUCUGUAAUGGAUGGCAGAUGACCUGCAUAAAUAAUACGUAUUAUUUAUGCAGGUGUAUACACAGAUUGCUUAAUGACUCGUCUCUUCAAGUUUAAUCUUGUUUAAUGUUAUGUUCGAGUGCGCCAAAAAGACAAAUUGAAAUUAAAAUUAUAGAAAAUUUUAUUUUUCUUCAAUUUCAGUUUCAAAAAGUCGAUUCGGUAUACUCAAACGUAACAUAAAUAUGUCUUUAUAAUAGAGGUAUGAUGAUCUGCAUAAAUGUAUUAUUUAUGCAAGAGUGUACAAUAUUUGCCCAUUGGCUUGGCCGAAGAAAUCAUAAAAUCAAACAAGCAACAAUUUGGCAUGUUGUUAAUUUCCCAUA